AAACUAUAGUGGGUCAACUGUAUCGAACCAGUAAAAAGCAAGAGGUUUCAAAAUGGGAGCCGUUUUGGGGCUAAUUCCAGCGGCCAGUCUGGCCUGCUGUUGCACGGGAACGGCCUGUUCGUUGUGCUGCUCGCUUUGUCCGUCCUCGCUCAAGUCCAAUUCGACUGCCACUCGGUUCAUGUAUGCACUGAUGCUGGUGCUCGGAGCAAUCGUAGGGGCCAUUAUGUUAGCACCAGGGUUGCAAGACUUUCUUCAGAAAGUACCAUUCUGUGCGAACUCUACAUCGAGCGCAUCGAACAUUAUACCCGGUGGGGAAACGAUCGAUUGUAGCUCGGCCGUUGGAUAUCUGGCUGUGUAUCGUAUCUGCUUCGCACUGGUUUGCUUCUUCGCUCUAUGGGCAGUAAUGAUGAUUGGGGUGCGUUCGUCCAAGGAUGGACGUGCUGCACUGCAGAAUGGUUUCUGGGGCAUCAAGUUCAUGAUCGUCAUCGGCAUUGCGAUCGGUGCGUUCUUCAUCCCAGAGACAGGGUUCGGGCCGACCUGGAUGUGGGUCGGUAUGAUUGGUGGGUUCGCGUUCAUUUUGGUGCAGCUGGUUUACAUUAUCGACUUUGCGCAUAACUGGGCUGAAGCUUGGGUGAGCAACUACGAGGAGGACGAAUCGCGUGGAUGGUUUGCGGCACUUUGCUGUGCCACCGGUGUGCAGUACGUGCUGUCGCUGACCGGUGUUGUGCUGCUGUUUGUGUACUACACCCAGUCGGAUGAUUGCGCGCUGAAUAAGUUCUUCAUCAUCUUCAAUCUGAUUCUGUGCAUCGCUGUGAGCAUUCUGUCGAUCUCGCCGAGCGUGCAGGAGGUUCAACCCAAGUCGGGACUGCUGCAAAGUUCCAUGGUGACGCUGUACACGAUCUAUCUGACCUGGUCGGCCGUUGCCAACAAUCCGGACGCCGAAUGUAAUCCCGGAUUUUUGGGCAUCAUUGGGGAAAAGUCGAGCAAGGUGCAUUUCGACAAAACGAGUAUCGUCGGCCUGAUCAUCUGGCUGCUGUGCAUCCUCUACUCUUCCAUGCGCUCGGCCAGCAACGUUUCGCAGUUUUCCGAUCCGGAAAAGCAAGAUCUUACAGCAACUCUUAGCGACGAUGGUUCGAGCGGUGCCCGUGGCAGCGAGGUACGAGACAACGAGGAGGAAGCCGUCGCAUACAAUUGGUCCCUGUUCCAUAUUGUUUUCAUAACGGCCACCCUGUACGUGAUGAUGACGCUUACCAACUGGUAUCAGCCAAACUCUUCCCUCGACACGCUGAACGCGAAUGCUGCUUCCAUGUGGGUAAAGAUGGUCUCGAGCUGGAUGUGCGUGGCACUGUACGGAUGGACUAUGGUCGCUCCGAUGGUACUUACCGACCGUGAAUUCAACUAAG